UCAGUUGUGAGUAAUGGCCUCCCAUCAACUACUAUCUGUAUUUCUUCUCUUCAUCAUCUUCACCAACUCAUCUCAUUCUUUUCCUGCGGCAGCCAUUGCCAAGGCUGACCCUGCAUCUGCCAAAUCCAAUAAGGUUACUCUCUCCAUUUACUACGAAUCUCUUUGUCCAUUUUCCAGGGCAUUCAUCAUUGACCAUUUAGUCAACCUCUCCAACACUCAUCUCAUCUCCUCUGUCAAUCUAAAAACUGCGGCCCUGGGGCAAUUCUGCACUUGUUCAACACAGUAACACCAUUGUUUGCCAGCAUGGUGAAGAUGAAUGUUAUACUGAAUAUUAUACACGCAUGCGCUAUCAAUAUUUGGCCUGACCCGGAGAAGCAUUUUGGGUUCAUUCGGUGUGUUGAAAAUGGCGGAGCGGAGGCAGAUGAGCACUCUAAGGAGGCAGAAGCAAUGUGGAAAUUAUGUUCUAAAAGAUGGGGACUGAAUGAGAAAGCUAUCGAAGAUUGCUAUAAUAGUGGAUACGGAAGAAAGAUUGUUCUUCAAUAUGGCAGUGAAACUGAUCACUUAAAUCCACCGCGGACAUUUGUACCAUGGGUGACAUUAAACAAUCAGCCACUCUACGGUGAUUAUAAUAAUUUUGUAUCAUAUAUCUGCAAGGCAUAUCAAGGAAAAACUGUCCCUGAGGGUUGUAGAUCCCCUUUGUCUUCCAGUUUAACAGAGAAGCAAAAUUUAGCCCAUGAGGCAUCAUGCCAUACUGACGAAGCUACAAAUUCAAUCUUGUUUAACUCAGGAAGAAAUUCAAAGCACAAUGGAUGAAUUGCUGCUUCAUAACAAUACCCCUGAAAUUACACAUCUAAAAAAUCAAUUGAACCUUCUGAAGCAAUUUUAGAUUGGUAUUGCAAAGUCCAGAUAUUGCAUUCUGAGUUUGUGCCGAUACAUAAGAGGUAAAUUUCUGAGU